ACGGCGCGAAAUCGAGGCCGUCAGUGUAGGACCACAUCCCAAAAUGCGAGUAAUUUUAUGAAUGGUGGAACAAUUUUAAUAUUUCAAUGACACACUUUGUGAAAAAUACUGGAAAAUAUGUUGCCGAAAAAGCAGAAGGGGACGACACCAACGAGAUUGGCUACCGACAGUCGAAGGAUAAUGACAAGAUUGACCUCAAGUAUGGAUACGAACGAGUUAAGGACACCCAGGAACGAACUGGCUAUUUGGUCAAUAUGCAUUCGACGGAAAUCCUGAACCAAGAUCGCCGUUUGGUAGCAGCUCUCGAUCUGUACUUUCUCCAGAUGGAUGGCACUCGGUAUAAGAUGACCGUCAUCUAUGCCCCUUACCUGUUGUUGAUCACAAAGGAAGGCCAGUCACUGGAGGUUGCUAAAUUUCUGACCAAGAAAUACUCCGGCCAACUGUCGAAUGUGGACCAUAUUGAGCGGGAGGACCUCGAUCUGCCGAAUCAUUUGAGUGGUCUGAAGCAAAACCUGCUGAAGCUAUCCUUUGCCAAUACCAACCACAUGAAUAAGGUUAAGAAGGAUCUGUCGGCGGCAGUACGGAAGAAUAAGGAGCGUGAUAAGGCAAACACGUACUAUAUGCAGAUGUUAAGCAAUUCGUUGGCUGUAUCUUCGGAGGAAGCUGGAAGCGGGACCAAUCAAAAUCAAGACUAUUACGAGAGUAUUUUGGACAUGAGGGAGCACGAUGUUCCGUAUCACGUGCGUGUGUCGAUUGAUUUGAACAUUUUCUGCGGGCUGUGGUACACGAUGAGAUGCAGGGGAGGAGACGAUCCGCCGGUUAUAACACCCAGACCGGAUAUUCUGGAUCGACCGGAGCCGGUGGUGUUGGCUUUCGAUAUCGAGACGACUAAGUUGCCGCUCAAGUUCCCCGAUGCUCAAACGGAUCAGAUUAUGAUGAUAUCGUACAUGAUCGACGGGCAGGGUUAUUUGAUUACAAAUCGGGAGAUCAUCAGUGCCGACGUGGAGGAUUUCGAGUACACACCGAAACCGGAAUUCGAGGGACAGUUUAUUGUGUUCAACGAGCCGAACGAGAUGGGACUGAUUCAGAAAUUUUUCGAUCACAUUCUCGACGUUAAGCCGCACAUUUUUGUUACGUAUAAUGGAGAUUUUUUCGAUUGGCCCUUCGUGGAAGCUCGGGCGGCUGUGUACGAUCUGGACAUGAAACGGGAAAUUGGAUACUCGAAGGUGAACGCCCGGGAUGGGAACUAUCUGUGCCGUCCGGCCAUGCAUAUGGAUUGUCUUUGUUGGGUGAAGCGUGAUUCCUAUCUGCCGGUGGGUUCGCAGGGUUUGAAAGCGGUCGCCAAGAGCAAGUUGCGGUACGAUCCAGUCGAGCUGGAUCCGGAGGAGAUGUGCAAAAUGGCUGUCGAGCAGCCGCAGGUUCUCUCCAACUACUCCGUCUCGGAUGCCGUAGCCACGUACUAUCUCUACAUGAAGUACGUCCACCCGUUCAUCUUUGCGCUGGCCACCAUCAUCCCGAUGGAACCGGAUGAGAUUCUACGCAAGGGUUCGGGCACGCUGUGCGAGACCCUACUGAUGAAAGAAGCCUACCACGCAAGAAUCGUAUACCCGAACAAGCAGAUCUCCGAAUUGAACAAGCUAACCCCGGACGGACAUGUACUGGACUCGGAAACGUACGUCGGUGGUCACGUGGAGGCGCUGGAAUCGGGAGUGUUUCGGGCGGAUAUUUCCACCCGCUUCCGGCUGGAUCAGGGUAUGUUGCUGCAGUUGCAACAGAAUGUGGAGAAAGUGUUGGAACAUGCGAUCGUGACCGAGGAAGGAGUUCCGCUCGAUCUUGUCACCAAUUUGGACGAGGUGACAGAGCAAAUUAAGGCGAUCUUGCAGCAGUUGCACGACACGCCAACUCGAAUCGAACAACCGGUCAUCUAUCACUUGGAUGUCGGAGCGAUGUACCCGAACAUUAUCCUGACCAAUCGAUUGCAACCGUCUUCGAUGAUAUCGGAGACGGAUUGUGCGGCGUGUGAUUACAACCGACCGGAUGCGAAGUGUAAGCGGAACAUGGAGUGGAUGUGGCGGGGAGAGAUGCUACCGGCGACGAGAAACGAAUUCCAACGCAUUCAACAACAGCUAGAGACGGAGAAGUUUCCACCGUUGUUCCCGGGCGGACCUCCGAGGGCGUUCCACGAGCUGUCGAAGGAGGAUCAAGCUAAUUACGAGAAGAAGCGAUUAAGCGAUUACUGUAGGAAAGCGUAUAAGAAGACAAAGGUAACGAAACUGGAAACGCGAACGUCGACGAUCUGUCAGAAGGAGAACAGUUUCUACGUUGAUACUGUGCGGGCUUUCCGCGAUCGGCGGUACGAGUAUAAGGCACUGACAAAAGUGGCCAAGGCGGCAGUAGUUUCGGCGGUUAAGAGUGGUGAUGCGGGUGAGAUCAAAGCUGCGAAAGGGCGUGAGGUGCUGUACGACUCGCUGCAGUUGGCGCACAAGUGUAUCUUGAACUCGUUCUACGGGUACGUAAUGCGAAAGGGAGCACGCUGGCACAGUAUGUCUAUGGCCGGUAUUGUGUGUCUAACGGGGGCGAAUAUCAUAACGAAAGCUCGGGAAAUCAUUGAACGUGUUGGUCGUCCGCUGGAGCUGGACACCGACGGUAUUUGGUGUAUUCUUCCGGCUUCCUUUCCACAGGAGUUUACCGUACUCACAAACCAUGCUAAAAAGAAGAAGAUUAAUGUGUCCUAUCCGAACGCAGUGCUGAAUACUAUGGUUAAAGAUUACUUCACCAACGAUCAGUAUCACGUGCUGGAAAAACCACACUCGCCAGGGAGUCCAGCAGAGUACUCGAUCAAGCCGGAAAAUUCGAUCUUCUUCGAGGUGGAUGGACCAUACCUGGCAAUGGUUCUGCCAGCGGCGAAGGAGGAAGGUAAAAAGCUGAAGAAACGUUACGCCGUAUUCAAUUUCGACGGUUCUCUGGCGGAACUGAAAGGUUUCGAGGUUAAACGGCGUGGUGAGCUGCAGCUGAUCAAGAUCUUCCAGAGUUCCGUAUUCGAAGCUUUUCUGCAGGGUUCCACACUGGAACAGUGCUACGCAUCGGUUGCCAAGAUAGCUGACUACUGGUUGGAUGUGUUGUACAGCAAGGGACAUAACAUGCCGGACAGUGAGUUGUUCGAGCUGAUCUCCGAGAAUCGGUCGAUGUCCAGAAAACUGGAGGACUACGGUGCACAAAAAUCCACGUCGAUUUCCACGGCAAAGCGGCUGGCCGAGUUCUUGGGUGAUCAGAUGGUGAAAGAUGCGGGGUUGGCUUGUAAGUUCAUCAUUUCGAAGAAACCGGAUGGUGCUCCAGUUACGGAGAGGGCGAUUCCGUUGGCGAUAUUUCAGUCGGAACCGAGUGUAAGGCGGCACUAUCUUCGCCGCUGGUUGAAGGAUAACACGAUGGGUGACGCGGACAUUCGGGACGUCUUGGAUUGGCAGUACUACAUCGAGAGGCUGGGAGGAACCAUCCAGAAGAUCAUCACCAUUCCGGCGGCUCUGCAAGGUUUGAAUAAUCCUGUUCCAAGGGUGCAACAUCCCGAUUGGUUGCACAAAAAGAUGCUGGAAAAGAACGAUACUCUCAAGCAGAGAAGAAUCAGCGAAAUGUUCACGACGAAGGAGAAACCUGCGAUCGGAGAUAUUGAGGAUUUCGGAAGAUCACGCUCACCUAGCUUGGGACCAAACGUACCGAUCGUGAAUUCUAAGCGGCGGAGAACACCCUCGAAUGAGGAAGAAUCUGUAGCAGCAGCUCCACAACCUAAAACCUGGCGGGAAGCUCUUGGGGCACCACCUCCUCCGGGAGACAGUAAGCAAGAGCUUCAUGCUUGGUUAGCGUACCACAAGAAAAAAUGGAAGUGGCAGUUGGCUCAACGAAACAAGUACCGAGACCCUAAAAGCAAACGUUCAAGAAUCAACGAAGAACAACCUACCGGUUCAGUGAUAUCCGCUCGUCCGGCAACUACUCUAGGAGGUUUCCUGCGAAAAACUCAACGAUCGCUGAUCGAGCAACCGUGGCAGGUCAUUCAGAUCAUCCCAACGGAUGAGAUGGGUCAUUUCAACAUCUGGGCAAUGGUAGGCGAAGAACUGCACAAAAUUCGGCUGCUGGUUCCUAGGAUCUUCUACGUUAACCAACGAACUCAAGCCCCACCGGAGGAAGGAUCGAUGUGGAAAAAGGUCCACCGCAUUCUACCGAGAGCACGCCCCGUCUGUCAUCUCUAUCAGUACGUUGUUCCGGAGCAGGUCUUCCGAGAUAACCGCUUGGGAAUGUUAGCGGAUCUCGCCACUCCCGACAUUGAGGGCAUCUACGAGACGCAGAUGUCUCUGGAGUUCCGUGCUCUAAUGGAAAUAGGUUGUCUCUGUGCCGUGCAACGCUCCGAGGCCAGAGCUCUGGCCGCACUUGCCACGAAAGAUCUGGACAGUUUCAAUAUUCAACAAUUGGAGAUGCGAAACUUAUCCCACACUCCCUACCUCCAAAACGGUGCGAAUCUGAGAAAAAUCUUCCUCUACCAGCACAGUAUCCCAUCGGGUAAGCGAGAAAUGUGGGGUCUAUUCUUGGGUCCUAGCAAAAAAGCUUUGGUCAUCGUCUUAGACAGCGUCCGAACCAAUCAACUACCAACCCUGAAGAACCUGUACACCUCAGAACGCACAGCUCUACUUAAAACCGACAGCGAAAAUUUCACCGAAUCGAACCUUCCCCCAUCGGACAUAACGUUCGAAGCCUUCAUGGAAGUAGACUCCAAGCAGCUCUAUCAACGGCUGUCCCAAUAUCUCACCAGCUACAAGGACGAAAAACGUGGUCCUACCAUACUCUGCAUCCAAGCCGCAAUGGGUCUUCAAAAGCUGAAUCAACUUCUACCGGCCUGUCUGGAGUUCCCCGAAACGCAGAUCCACAUCGCAGAUGAUGCCUCACUGCUGUCCGGUCUCGAAUGGCAGCGGCACGGGGCUCGAUCCAUGAUUCGUCACUUCCUGAACCUUAACCACGUGGUUGAGAUGAUGCUCGAUCAGUGCCGGUACUUCCAUCUUCCGAUCGGGAACAUGCCGUCCGAUACGGUUCUAUUCGGAGCGGAUCUUUUCUACGCUCGGCACCUCCAGAAACACAACUUUAUCCUCUGGUGGUCGCCCAGCUCUCGUCCCGAUCUGGGAGGUCGUGAAGCAGACGAUAGUCGCCUGCUGGCAGAAUUCGAGGAUACGAUCUCGGUGGUUCAAAAUCGGCAAGGUUACUACAACAGUGUCUGUGUGGAGCUAAGCAUCGAAAGUUUAGCCGUGUCAGCCUUGCUGCAAGCCAGUAAAGUUCAGGAGAUGGAAGGAGCUUCUGCCGCGAUCACUUUCGACGUGAUCCCGCAGGCCUCCCUGGACGAUAUGAUCAGUAAUCAGGGUGUGCAGACACUGCCAAGCUACGACGAGACGGCACUUUGCUCGCAGGCUUUCCGUGUGAUGCGCUCUAUGGUCAACGGGUGGCUGCGGGAGGUCUCAAUCAAUCGGAACAUAUUUUCCGACUUUCAGAUCAUACACUUUUACCGAUGGGUGCGAUCGACGAAGGCACUGCUGUAUGAUCCCGCACUUCGGCGAGCGCUGAAUACGUUGAUGCGAAAGCUGUUCCUGCAAAUUAUAGCCGAGUUCCAGCGGCUGAAGGCGGAGAUCGUGUACGCGGAUUUUACACGGAUUGUGAUCAACACGGGCAAGAAGGCAGUAAUCGAUGCGAUCGCAUAUACGGACUACGUCGUUCAGAGCAUUCGAAAUAAGGAACUAUUUCACAGUGUUUCACUGUCCUACCAACAAUCGUGGCAGUUUCUGCUAUGGAUCGAUUCGGCCAAUUUCGGCGGUAUUCGUGGGGACAUGCCAAAGGAGCUGGAGGACGAAGCGGACAACGAGAAAGGCGUUGAAGCUUCAGAAGCGGAAGAGGAGGAAGAGCUGUCGCUGGAAAUGAACUGGAACAUUGGGGAGUUUCUGCCAGCAGAAGGACGAUGCCGGGAGUUCUUUGAGCAAUUUUUGACUUCAUUCAUGGAAACUCUCGCGGAAGGAGUCCCAGCUGCGAAGGCACUUAAGAAAUUGUCUCACGUGGCAUACGAAAUGGUGCAGAAGUUGCACAAGAACUACGGCAGGGGCAAGGAGGGACCGGCUCUCGAGUUCAUAAAAGCAACGCACAAGGUCCUGUCGGUAAUCAAGGAAACUGAAGAAGAAUUGACAACUCUCCGUCGAAAUAUGCUGCUGCUGGUGGGAAUUGGUGACUUCAGCGACAAAGCUGUCUGGAAAGAUCCACUAAAGUCGUACGUCCUGACGGAAGUGAUCUGCAAGGCGUGCAACCACUGUCGCGAUCUCGAUCUAUGCAAGGAUACCCACCGGGCUCGGAAGGGUGACCACCCGGUGUGGUUGUGUGCUCAGUGUAACGUCGACUAUGACAGCGGGGACAUCGAGAUGCGUCUGCUUGAUGUGGUUCAGCGAAAGUUAAUGUCCUACACGUUGCAGGAUCUGCGUUGUGGACGGUGCAAACAGAUCAAACGGGAGAAUUUGGCCAAAUUUUGUCCGUGUGCUGGUAAUUUUGAGAAUUUGAUCUCCGCUGGAGAUCUGCGCCGGCUGCUAAAGACGUUCCUCACGGUUGCAGAGGAUUAUCGGAUGCCGUUGCUUAAAGAGACGAUCGAACAUGUACUCAACACUUGCUAAGCUAAAUUCGAGUUAUUACAGCUUCCAAUUAAACAUUCGAUAAAAUUUUACAUUUUGCUAUUGUUAGUGGAUACUUAAAUGAUGUAAAAUAGGAGAAACUCGUUUAAGAACUAACUUUUUAUUCCGUGAAA